AUGCUUUCAGCAUCUAGAAGAUUCUUAGCUACUGCAGCUAAUAAAGCAUUUACAAAUAAUAAAUUACAAUUAGAUAGAGCCACAUUAACUAUUAAAGAUGGUCCAGUUUUCAGUGGAUAUUCAUUUGGUGCUGAUAGAAAUGUUAGUGGAGAAGCAGUUUUCACAACUUCUUUAGUUGGAUAUCCUGAAAGUAUGACUGAUCCUUCAUAUAAAGGACAAAUUUUAUGUUUUACACAACCUUUAAUUGGUAAUUAUGGUGUUCCUUCAAGUACUGCUAAAGAUCAAUUUAAUUUAUUAAAAUAUAUGGAAUCUCCAAAAGUUCAAUGUAUUGGUAUUGUUGUUGCUGAUGCUGCUUUAGAAUAUAGUCAUUGGACCGCAGUUGAAAGUUUACAACAAUGGUGUAAACGUUCUGGAGUUGCUGCUAUUACUGGUGUUGAUACUAGACAAUUAGUUAGUUAUUUGAGAGAUAAAGGUUCUUCCUUGGGUAGAAUUACUAUUGGUGAAGAAUAUGAUGCUGAUGAAGAUGCAGCUUUUGAAGAUCCAGGUGCAAUUAAUUUAGUUCAACAAGUUACUACCAAAUCCCCAUUUCAUAUUGCUUGUCCUAAAGAAUAUUCAAAAGGUAUUCAUAUUGCUGUUUUAGAUUGUGGUGCUAAAGAAAAUAUUUUACGUUGUUUAGUUGAAAGAGGUGCUUCUUUAACUGUUUUCCCAUAUGAUUACCCAAUUCAUAAAAUCGCUAAUAAAUUUGAUGGUAUUUUCAUUUCUAAUGGUCCAGGUGAUCCAACUCAUUGUUCAACUACUGUUGAAAACUUGAAACAUACUAUGGAAUCAUAUAAGGAUUUACCAAUAUUUGGUAUUUGUUUGGGUCAUCAAUUAUUAGCUCUUGCAAGUGGUGCUAAAACAAUUAAAUUGAAAUAUGGUAAUAGAGCUCAUAAUAUUCCAGCAUUAGAUGUAAUUACUGGUAAAUGUCAUAUCACUUCUCAAAAUCAUGGUUAUGCUGUUGAUGCCGCUACAUUAAACAAUGAUUGGAAACCAUAUUUCACUAAUUUGAAUGAUUUAAGUAAUGAAGGUAUGAUUCAUAAAUAUCAACCAAUUUUCUCAACACAGUUCCAUCCAGAAGCUAAAGGUGGUCCAUUAGAUACUGCUUUCUUGUUUGAUAAAUUCUUUGAUAAUAUUCAAGUAUAUAAGCAAACUAAUGGUUUGAAUUUACCAACUGUUGAUGGUAGUUUAUUAGUUGAUAUAUUACCAACAGAAAGAGUCGGUCAAUAG